AGAAAAACCCCUAUAAAUUUCACCUUCUUCCUCACAACAAAUGAGUGCCAGAAGAAGAACCAAGAAGAGGCAAUAAAAAAAAAAAAAAAUGCAAAGGAAUGGACAGUUAAAGAAGUCUAGAGUUGUCAAAGUAGACUCCAAGGAAUCAUGGGAUUUCUUUAUCAGUCAAGCUACUACUCAAGGCUGCCCUGUUGUAGUACAUUUUACUGCUGCAUGGUGCAUGCCUUCAGUGGCCAUGAAUCCUUUCUUUGAAGAACUGGCUUUAUCCUUCCAAAAUAUCCUCUUCCUUGUAGUGGAUGUUGAUGAAGUGCAGGAGGUGGCAACCAAGAUGGACAUCAAGGCCAUGCCUACCUUUUUGUUGAUGAAGGAAGAAGCUCAAAUUGAAAGGCUUGUGGGAGCAAAUCCAGAAAAGAUUAAGAAAAGAAUCAAUAUUUUCAUCAACUCCAUGAGUUAGAAAUAUUUUGUAAAUAGGAUUUGGGUGUUUUCAGGGUUUUUUUUUUUUUUUUUGGGUUUGUUGUGAUGGGUAUUUUAGUAAUUUCAUAAUUAUUUGUUUGUGGAUUUAGACAAAUUAACAAUGGUGUCUAUAGGAAUCAUGCUAGGUGCUUUCUUGAUUAAGGAAUUGUGUUGAUGUCAAAAAUCUUACAUUGAAUAUAAGCGAAAUGUCUUUUAAAAGAAAA